AUGGCAGUCAAGAAGGACUCGCCCAAACGCCGAAAAUCUAUUGCAGUCACCAAUCUCAACCAGCGGUCUAUCGUCCCAAAAGGAAGGCGUCGAGCUCACAGUAUCGUUCCUGGAGCUAGCCUUAGCCCCCUGGCGAAAGCUCGCCGGUCACUGGUUCCUCGAAAGAGUAUCCUCAAAGCGCCCAUCAACCUCCUCAACACGGAAGAUAGUCAAUGGGAUUCUCAAUUCUCUCAGAACUCAGCGCAAUCGCAGAACUCCAUUCUUGACGAUAUCAAUGUUACGCAGUCGAUGGAUAUGACGCAAGACUAUUAUGCAAGAGUUCAUGACAAUACUUCACGGAAAUCACUUGGUCGACGCGUCAGCUUUGCCGAACAUGCCCAUGUCCGCCUUUUCGAGAAACCAGAUAAGAACCAUACCAACAGCACUAGCUCUCCCCAAUCAUCUCCCGUUGUUAGCCCUUCUAGCCACCAGAAUGUCGUCACGGACGAGAACGCUUAUGAUCGGCCCACUCCCGUUGCGGGUCAGCACCAUAGUUCUGUUCGCCACACCGUUAUGAAUAGGAAAGCCGAAGAUAUGGACCUUACUUCGGUUGCCCCAUUGACAUUUCCUAUAUCGUCUGGAACAGCAGGUUCGGCGAUCCUAGAUGAGGAGUUCGACUACGACGAUGUAGAUAAUGACAUGGAGGUGACGGAAGUGAUCAGGGCAGAGCUUCUACGCAAACGCUCCCUUUCGCUCGGAGGCCGGCAACCUCUAUCACAAGUCGGAUCUUCCAUUCUAUCUGCAGACGAAUCGUCUGAUGAUCUCGAAGAAACUCAAUCAUCAAUUGGCAACGACUCAACGACUUCAGAUGCGCUCUCGGAACGUUCUCAGGCUAUGGAAUUUACUAUUCCAUUGAACCAAUCCCUUCGCCCCCCUGCUCACGAAGACGAAGCUUGGCUAGCCUUGAGACGUGCAACGCAUUCAGGCAACACACCUAUCGAGCCCGUGCCGACAUCCGACGAUGAUCAAGACUACCCCCCUAAUAAUGGUAUGGAUUUGGGAGAUGCGGUACAGCGGUUGAUGCGAGCUCGGGAUUCACUAUCCCUCCCAUCCCAUAAUGAAGAGAAUACCCCCGAUAAUAUGGUACAGCAUCUACCACAUGACGAAACCUUUUCGAGCAUCGAUGAAAGUUUUGAAGCCGAUGCCGAUGACGGCGAUAGGACCAUGAACAUAAGCAAGGUCCUUGGCCGUGCUAGCCUCAACGAUGUGGCUAACGCGCGUAUGAGCAUGGGUUAUCAAGAUUCCACAAUGGACGAGUCUGAAAUCUACGCCACUCUUGCCCCAAAAGGAAGCUCAAUACCACGCUCAUCAUUGCUCCAGCAGAAUUUGGGUGGGCCUUCUGGGCAACAGCUACUCAAGCCAUCCGUCUUCCACCCUCCCCCGGAGGGUGUGGAUACCCAACCUUCAUCCGGUGCAGGGCAAACCAAGCAAGCCACAGCUCCUAUACCAUUCUCCUUUACCCCGAAGGCAUCGGCCUUCCCAUCUAAACCGAAACCCUCUACUUCUAAGCUUGACUCCCCAGCAAAAAGGAAAAUUAAGCCCGUUUUCUCUGCCGCAUUUGCGCCACCUGUUACACGUCCAUCUCCGAAGAAAAUUGCGACUUUCUCAGAUGCUCGUCAACUAAAUAAGCGCCCACGCGACGAAGACGUGGAGAAUAAUCCUAGUCCUGCGAAAUCUCAAGCACUUAAACCGCUUUCUCCGAGCAAGAAAGCUCUCUUUCAAGCUCCCACAGUCACUCCGUCUGCGUCACAAACUGCACCAGCCGUAAGGAGACCUUCAGGAUAUUAUGCACGGCGUAAAAGUCUGGCUCCUGUGCCUUCAAUCAUCCCAAAUAAGGGGAUUGAAGAUGUCUUGGCGACUGUAAAAUCACCAAAGAAAAAGUUAGGUUCUGGUAUUGGGCGCGCUAGCGUCGGCUCCACCCCUGUUGUUGCCUGGGAUCGGGCAAGCGUAAGUCAGAAGGGCAAAGAGACGUCAAAAACUGGAGAGGUGGACAAGUUAGUAGUUCUGCCAAGCACUUGUGAAGCCACUCAACAGCUGGCUGUUUCUAGUCCAACGGGGGAUUUGCUUACUCCGACCUCUCCUCGGGUUAAUUCAGCUGCCCUCGUGGUGCAGCCUUCCACAACGACGAGUGUUGUUGAUUUUUCCACGAUAGUCACCUCAGGCUUUGGGGAAGACGAAGAAGCAGACAUGGAUGUCGACGCAACGGAGCAAUGGAGAGAAGGUGUCGAACAAGGCGAAUAUUUUGAAGAUGACCUUCCCGUCAUUUCCAUUAGCCAGUUCUUUUCUAUGACCGGGAUUAAGUUCAUGGAUGAAUUAACAGCUCCCAGACGGUCAACGCACCCUUCCCAACAACCUACCCGUCAAGCGCGAAAUUCCUCUGAUAUUCCACUAUCAGAAUACGUCACCGCAAUGGCCAUUGACAUUCCACAACUCGUUUUAUAUUCCCGUGUCUCCAAGGACCUCGAAGCCUGGAUGGAGAAGAGCAAAAUAGUAUUUGCACAGGCGGAAGAUGAAGCUUCCAAGGUUACACCCGAGCUUUUUGUCGAGUUCUCGCGGGCAGAUGAAGACGGUCAGGCAGAACUACUCCACCAACUCAAUCUGAUACGGACGAACACGCGGGGUUUGGCCAAGUCAGAUUGGUAUGAUUGGAAGCUGCAAUGGGUCGAGGGUCUACGUCUUACUGGCGAGAAGGCUUUCAAGGCGCUUGAAUCGGAUGCGAGAGCUUUGGAGGGGCUGAAUGCUUUAGCAGAUGAUCUUGUCCCCGUUCUGGAGAAGGAAUAUGAGGCAAUCAUGAAAGAACUGGAGAAAGAACAAGCAGAAGUAGCUGAAAUCGAGGCGUGCGAUCAAGACUACCUCAACGAGCUGAAGGCGGAGAUUGCUGAACAAAACAUUGAAGUAGAAGCACUGAAGGCAGAAGUGAUAGAAGGCAACGGGCAGCAUGUUUGGCUGCAACAGCGUCUGAAAGAAGCAGAGGUUGAUAAGCAGGAGACCUUAGCUGCCAUCGCUACAACCGAACGCCUUCUGCACAUCCAAAAAAAUUCUACUCGAUCCGAGGUAUUCCGCCUGAAAGAUGAACUAGAGGCACUGGAAAAUCUCCACAUGUUCCGAGUUACCACAGUCAAAGCCAACAUGUUUGAAUACGUACACGCCUCGACAUUCCGCGUUUCUAUCCCUUGUAGAAACUUCCAACCACAGGUCAGCAAAAUCGAUAUCACGCGCUUCGACAAGGCCUCGAACCGGUACAAGGACGAUUUUCCGCAAUUAAGUGCUUUCCUUUUGAGCAGCGCGAAACAGCUUGUCGUUGAAAGUGACGAUAAUACUAUUGUUCAUCGACUGGGAGACUACUGGUCAUCUUGCGCGCAGCUUCGAUCACAGCUCCGAUUCCUUGGUAUCAAGUACCCCAUCGAGAUUGAGGUCUCUCAACCAUCCCAGGUCUUCAAGGCAAAGACGAUGGUGAUGUUCCCCUCAAUAAUGGGAAAGGCAUUCAUCUCCUUCAUAUUCUCUCUCGAAACUUUCAGUCGUUGGCCAAUGUCAAUUAGAUCCCUUGAUUGCGAGGUGGAGGUCGCAUAUGGGCCUAUUGAUCGUUCAGCAAUUUUGACAGCCGUUAUGGAGCGUUUGAGUGAAGCAACUCCAUCCGAUAAUUAUGCGUGUUUAUUGGAUGCCUGUAUCGAAGCCCAGGAGACCCGUCACUAA